UGGGCUGCAGCAGGAGAGGAAGCACUUGGCCCCCAGUACCCGGCCUGACCCAGGGCCCAGCUGCUCCCUCCCUCCCUCCUUCCGGCUUUCAGUUUCACUUUUGUUUUCCGGGUACCGUGCAGAGUUAGGCUUGCUGAGGGGCAGGCGCAGGAGUCCUGGCUGAGCCCAUGGGCUGAAGGGUUGCAAUGGCAGAGGCAGAGGCGGGGGUGGCAGUGGAGGUCCGUGGACUGUCGCCUGCUGUGCCCGACGAGCUGCUCACGCUCUACUUUGAGAACCGCCGACGCUCUGGAGGGGGACCUGUGUUGAGCUGGCAGAGACUGGGCUGUGGGGGUAUCCUCACCUUCAGAGAGCCUGCAGAUGCCGAGAGGGUCUUGGCCCGGGCAGGUCACGAACUCCAUGGCGUCCGGCUGAGCCUGCGGCCAGCUCCCCCACGAGCCCCGGCACGCCUGCUUCUCCAAGGACUGCCCCCUGGCACUGCACCCCAGCUCCUGGAGCAGCAUGUCCAGGCCUUGCUUCGUGCCUCGGGGCUCCCGGUGCAGCCCUGCUGUGCCUUGGCCAGCCCCCGGCCGGACCGGGCUCUGGUCCAGUUGCUGAAGCCCCUUUCUGAGACAGAUGUCCGUGUCCUGGAGGAGCAGGCCCAGAAGCUGCGCCUGGAGGGGGCCUUGGUGUCCCUGGCCCGGGUGCCCCAGACCCGAGCGGUGCGCGUGCUGGGGGACGGUGCCUCUGCGGACCCGCUGCUGCUGGAGCUGUACCUGGAGAAUGAGCGUCGCAGUGGCGGGGGGCCCCUGGAGGGCCUGCGACGCCUGCCCGCGCCCCUGGGCGUUGCUGCCUCCUUCCAGCAGUGGCAAGUGGCAGAACGGGUGCUGCGGCGGGAACACCGGCUGCAGGGCUCAGAGCUGAGCCUCGUCCCCCACUAUGAGGUCCUGGAGCCCGAGGAGCUGGCCGAGAACGCCAGUGGAGGGGACCACCCGUCCACCCUGGGGCGUAGGGCCAUGGAGCGUGCUCUCCUGAGGACCGGAGGGCUGGCGACCGCUCUGCAGGGUACAGAGACUGUGACAGGGGGCUCUGGCGAGGAACCAGGGCCGUCAGGGGCCUCUCUGAGGACAGGUCCCAUGGGGUCUCUGGAACAUGAGGGGCUGGUAAGCCUGAGGUCUGUGGGGUUACAGGAACAGGAGGGGCCCAUGAGCCUGGGGCCUGAGGGGUCUGCAGGCCUGCUGGAGAUCUCUAAGGGGUUGCUGGGGCAGGAGGGCCUGGUGGAAAUUGUCACGGACUCGCCAGGGCAGGAGGGGCUGCUGGGUCCCCCAGAGAUCGCCGUGGGGUCUCUGGAGCAGGCGGGGCCCGUGAGCCCAGGGCACGUGGGGCUGCCGGGGCACGAGGGCCUGGUGGAGACGGUGCUGUCGAUGGAGCCGGGCGCAAUGCGCUUCCUGCAGCUGUAUCAUGAGGACCUUCUGGCGGGCCUGGGAGACGUCGCCCUCUUCCCACUGGAAGGAUCAGAUGUGACUGGCUUUCGGCUCUGCGGAGCCCAGGCCUCCUGCCAGGCGGCCGAGGAAUUUCUGCAGAGCCUGCUGGGCAGCAUUGGCUGCCACGUGCUACACCUGGAGCACCCGGGCAGCGCCAGGUUUCUCCUGGGCCCAGAAGGGCAGCGCCUGCUCCGUGGGCUGGAGGCUCAGUUCCAGUGUGUCUUUGGGACGGAGCGCCUGGCCACAGCCACCUGGGACACAGGCCUUGAAGAGGUGGACUCUGCGGAGGCCCUCCCGCUGCUCCCUGGCCAUGCCCACGCCCUGUGGCCCCCCGACAGUACAGGCAGUGACCGGGAGGACGUGAGCCUGGAGGAGGUCCGAGAACGGCUGGCCACCCUGGAGGGCCCAGACCUUGACGGGGAGAGCCGGCUGCCUGCAGAUCUGGAGGAGGAGAAGCCUCAGGAGCACCCGGAGGAGGAGGCGACCCCAGGGCCUGAGGAGGACGAGCCCGUGGCCCCCAGCACCGAGGCCCCGAGGCGGCUGGAGGAGGAGGCCGCGCUGCAGCUGGCCCUCCACCGGUCACUGGAGCCUCAGGGCCGGGCGGCUGAGCAGGAGGAGGCCGCCGCGCUGCAGCAGGCCCUAGCCCUGUCCCUGCUGGAGCAGCUCCCGUGGGAGGCAGGAGGCCCCCGAGACGGGGGAAGUGAUGUCGGGGCCCAGCUGGUGGUGCACUCGGCCUUCGAGCAGGAUGUGGAGGAGCUGGACCAGGCGCUCAGGGCUGCCUUGGAGACCCACCUUCAGGAGGAGGCGGUGGGGCCCUGGCGCUGCGCGCUGCCGGCAGAGCUGUGCGCUCGCCUGGAGCGGUGCCACGGCGUGAGUGUCACCCCGCGUGGUGACGGCACCGUCCUCCGUGGCUUCGGGGCCCACCCUGCCCGCGCCGCCCGCCACUUGGCGGCACUUCUGGCUGGGCCCUGGGAUCAGAGCCUGGCCUUUCCCUCCGCAGCUCCAGGCCCUACCUUGGCGGAGCAGACACUGAAGGCGCCCUGGAACAAGCUGGAACGCCUGGCAGAGAGCGCCGGGGAGUUCCGGGAGGUGGUGCAGGCCUUCUACGACACCCUGGACGCCGCCCGCAGCAGCGUCCACGUCGUCCGCGUGGAGCGAGUGUCGCACGCGCUGCUGCAGCAGCAGUAUGAGCUGUACCGGGAGCGCCUGCUGCAGCGGUGUGCGCGGCGCCCCGUGGAGCAGGUGCUGUACCACGGCACGACGGCGCGGGCAGUGCCUGACAUCUGCGCCCACGGCUUCAACCGCAGCUUCUGCGGCCGCAACGCCACAGUCUACGGAAAGGGCGUGUAUUUCGCCACGCGCGCCUCCAUGUCGGUGCAGGACCGCUUCUCGCCCCCCAACGCCGAUGGCCACAAGGCGGUGUUCGUGGCACGGGUGCUGACCGGCGACUACGGGCAGGGCCAUCGCGGUCUGCUCGCGCCCCCUCUGCGGGGCCCCGGCCACGUGCUCCUGCGCUACGACAGCGCGGCGGACUGCAUCCGCCAGCCCAGCAUCUUCGUCAUCUUCCACGACACGCAGGCGCUGCCCACCCACCUCAUCACCUGCGAGCGCACGCCCCGGGCUCCCCCCGACGACCCCUCUGGGCUCCGGGGCCCCUCCCCCGCCACCUGACCGCAGGGGCCCCCCUCUGGCCUCCUGCUGCCCAGGCCCCCCGACUCCGCCCAGCCUGACGCCCCCGCCCCCCACCGUGGCCGCCGGAGCGGACCGCGGCGACGCCCUGCCUCCCGCCGCCGGCCCCCGAAGGCGGGGCCGAGGGUUGGGGUCGGCGGCGGCCGAGCGGGGCGGGGC